AUGCUGGUGACAGCACAAGGGGGACGGGUCAGACAAGCAACCACCAUCUCCCUGGCAACCAACCACUGCGGCCACCACUGCCACGACAACAAUUGCCCAGCGCACACAGGGGGUAUCCCCCUUCCCCGCUGGCCUGGCUCCCCUCCUGCAGCCGCCGCACAGCGAGGGCCGCUGCGCCCGCUGCUGCUGGAUCAGAAGCGAGCUAAAUCCACAGCAUGGCUCCGGCAGAGGAUGAGGCGAGAAAAAGCUGACUGA